GCUGUCCCAGUUUCAAGACCUUGAAAAGCCCAAAUAAUCUUGUGCGCAGUGUCAGUGUCAGGCAACAGCAGACUUUCCUCGCAGGCGUCGCCUAUAAAUAGACGAAACGCACUGUCGCAGCUUUGACAUUUGCGUCUAUUUACAUUCAUCUCCGGGAACGUCAACAACGUGAAAAGACGCGAAGACACCUCCCAGCGCGUUGCAAGUUAUAAGAGAGCGACAGCCGAGCCUCCAGCGAGCAAAGAAGAAAUGUGUGCAAGAUCGUGCAUGGCAGACUGGUGACCGACAUAACACAGCGAAGAACUGUAAACACGGACGAAGCAGGCCUCCCUGGAUGAGAGAGUGAGUGUGUUGACAGCAGGGUAAUCUGUGAAGGGCACACAUGGCCCACCGUGUGAACGAUCAUCAGAGCCGCCUGCCUGUGGCCCAGGCCACCGUGCUGGCCCUGCCGCCUCCCAGCCAAGCAGAGGACUUGAGGCCAAGAGGGACGGCGCUGGACUCCCUGCUGUGUGGGGCAUUUGCUGGAGCCAUAGCCAAAACAGUUAUCGCGCCUCUCGAUCGGACCAAGAUCAUUUUCCAAGUGUCCUCAAACAGAUUCUCAGCUAAGGAGGCCUUCAGACUCAUCUACUGCACGUACAUGAAGGAUGGGCUGCUCAGCCUGUGGAGGGGAAACUCUGCCACCAUGGUGAGGGUCAUGCCGUACGCUGCCAUCCAGUUCUGCUCUCACGAACAGUACAAAAAACAGCUGGGAAGCUACUACGGAUACCAGGGAAAAGCUCUGCCUCCUUUUCCACGCCUCCUGGCUGGUUCUCUGGCCGGCACCACUGCUGCUAUGCUAACCUACCCUUUGGACAUGGUGCGAGCCAGGAUGGCGGUCACAGCGAAAGAAAUGUACAGCAACAUCAUGCAUGUUUUUGUGCGGAUCUCCCAAGAGGAAGGUGUGAAGACCCUUUACAGAGGCUUCACUCCCACGAUCCUGGGCGUCAUCCCAUAUGCAGGAAUCACAUUUUUCACAUAUGAGACCCUCAAAAAGCUUCACACAGAAAAAACAAGGAGGUCCCAACCGUACCCCCACGAGCGCUUGGCUUUUGGUGCCUGCGCGGGCCUGAUCGGACAAUCCGCCUCAUACCCUCUUGAUGUGGUGCGUCGGCGAAUGCAGACGGCCGGAGUUACCGGCUCGUCGUACGUCACAAUUCUGGGGACCAUGCGUGCAAUCGUAUUGCAGGAGGGAGUAAUACGUGGACUGUACAAAGGGCUGAGCAUGAACUGGCUCAAGGGGCCCAUCGCUGUGGGAGUCAGCUUCACCACGUUUGACGUCACGCAAAGCCUUCUGCUCAAACUGCACCAGACAAACUACUUCACCCACUGAAUCAGUCAGGGGUGACGGCGGGGCAACGAACAGCACAGAUGAGACUGAUGUGAGGGAGGCGGUCAACUCUGACACGUGGCAGUAACAAGUGUCUAUCGGUCGGUGCUGGAUCGACUCCCACACGCCAUCUUCAGACAGAAUGUCAGAGGAGAGGAGCGGAUGAUUGGAAAGGAGGCCUGAUGCGCACAUAGAAACACUUUUUUUUUUUUUUUUAAAUGCACAAUUACACUGAGAGAGUCAGGAGACAAAAAAAAAGAGGUGUCUUAAAACUGUCGUUCGCACAAUCACAAUUUUAUUUUGAUGUCACGACGCCAUCAGGGUGGCUGACGUGAUUUUUAAAGGUGGAUACAGAUGGGUUUGUUUUGGAUGUCGAGGACUUUGUGUUAAUAAGAUAAUGCUUGCACUUUGUUAAAGCCGCAUUGUUCUUUCAACUGAAUCCUGUGUCGGCAGAGAGUUCUUUUAAUGAGUUUUAUUGCUUUUAAAUUUGAGCGAGAUUUUAUUUUUUGUUUUAAUCACAUCAGGGUUUUUUUGUUUGUUUUUUUUCAUGAUUUUAAAUUGCUUGAUAACGCAGUUUCAUCAUUGUUGAUGAAUGGUCGGUUACAUAACGUGUUUUGGUUUCAUUUUCAACGUUAUGACGGUGCCUAUAUGGAUCGAAUUGAUACACAUGGAGCGAAUGAUUGUACGGAGGGGAGGGUGAUCAUGUCAGCAGGACUGCGGUUUCACUGUCCAUCCAGCACUAAGGAGUCGUGAUGUAGUAUUAAAAUGUCUAAUAAGUGGAGUCUAAUCAAAUACAUAAGAAAUAAAUCUAAAUAUAUAACUUUAUUUGUUUAUAUACAUAUUGAGAUUUAAUGUGUUUCCGCUCUGUUCAUCAUUGCUUUGACUUGAUUGCAAAGUGUUGUUUACCGGAAAAUUUUUCAAAAUAUGCCAAAGCACUUAA